GAUGUUAGUAAAAGACAAAAGCAAAAACCAGAAGACUCCGAAGGGCCAACCCGCAUGGUAUGGCGCGCGUAGGCCAAUAAAAUACUUAUAUUCCCGCAGUGUGAAAAAAGCCGUUCCACGAGGGCACCACGCCCGGGCACAUGCGCAAGGUCUGACCCCAAUCACGAUGCUACUACGAAUAAUUCUAGGCCUCAGCGCGUACCGUUCUGGAGAAUGUACUUCCCUGUGCUUCUCGUGCUUGUGCCUGAGGCUUCUCAAUCUGUUUUUACAUAAGUGACUACUUCACUUCCUUAUUUGGAUUUUUUUUUCAAUGCGCGCCCGCCUGAAGUUCAGUAUGCCAGACAAUCACGCUUUAGGAGACGCUUGCUUUAUUCCUCGCUUUCACUACAAUCGCCCUCUUAAAAUUGGUAAGUUUAAGCUGGACUGCAUAUUUAUUUCUUCUUGUCUUGGGUGUUUAUUAUUAUUUGCAAUCGUGCAGGUGUUGAAUCAUGUUUGCUAGAGGAUAAAAAUGACCGUUUUAAGUAGAUCUUCCAGCGGCUCCAGCUUCGACUAUGUCGCCUGUUCUUUCGAGGCGGGGAAAUCGGGUUUGGUCAAUGCGUAUGAGAUGUAAAAAUGCAUGUUUGUCAUGCUUGUCUGGCAUGACUCUUAAACCUGUCAUGCACGUUACCCAAGAGCUCCAUUUUUCUGUGAUGCAGAAACGCAGUUUGUCAUGCAGAAUAGGCAACACCUAUAAGCUCAGUAACUUGUCAUGCUGAGCCAGCACUUGUGGCCUCUUCAUGAUACGCCCCCCAGCAUCACAAGUUUCCAGACAUCCAGGGAUUUUUGCAUUUGAUAAUGCGGGGCUGCUCCUCCUGCUCGAUUACUCCCAGUAUCAAAUGUAAAAAUCCCUGGAUGUCUGGAAGGAUGCGAACUUGUCAUGCAUAUUUUCCAUGCCCCAUGAGGUCUGGAAUGCACGACCUAGCAUGACAGGUUUUGCGAAGUCUCUGUCAUGCCAAUCCUGCAUGAGAAACUCCCUCCAAAGAAACUUGGUCGAAAGUGGACAGCUUUUGGCACUGAUGCAACACAGAUUUCUGCAUGAUUCGGAUUUGGCAUGACAAGUUGCAAUCUUCGAGACCCAGACAUUUUUACAUUUGAUACCCAGAACCAGACGCCAAUAACGGCCCGCCGCGCCGGCGUUUUUUUCGGGGGCUGCUACCUCUACCAAGCGUUGCAGUGUCCAUUGGAAGCGCUGACGAACCGACGGUCUGCGUCCCACAACUUCUACGCCGGGGGGUUACUCGGAGCGGUGGGCGUGCAUUACAAUCAGCUGGGAGUGCCGUUCCUGACGCAGACCACGUAUCGGCAACUGCCACAGUGGGUGAAGCCGGUGCACGCGGGGUUCGUGGUGUACGGCGGCAUCGCCAUGGGGUUUGCCAUGCUCAUGGGAAAGCCGCUUUGAUCAUGUCGAAAUAGUAAAACAUAAACAGGUCUAGCCUGCGGUGGUGCCGAGUACUUAACCAAAAGCUCAAAGAACUGCUUUAUUUUCCAAAGAAACAAGGUGCUGUCUCGACAACUACAGCAUCGUCGUCGGACCUGCGAGGAGAUUAACACAUGAUCCGCAGAGAGAAAUAAUUUCCUUUCU